UCCAUGCUCCCUUGGAAGGUUCUGAUUUAGAUGUUCCGAGACGGACUGUAACAAUCUGUACAUUUAGGAAGCACCCCAGAUGGUUCUGCUAGAAGCAAGUUUAGGAACCAUGGGUUUAGACCAAAUACUCUUUGCUGUGGUGAUGGUGAAAGGGUUAAGCACCUAGAAGCAGAAUUUUGCCUUCUAGGAAUUAUUAGCCAAUGACUGUGCUGUCUGGUGAUGUAAUGUCUUGGGCUGGCACUCCAUUGGUUAAGUGUAUUGUUUCUCCUGCUUUGCUGGGUGAGGAGCAGAGCUGGAGCCCAAGGGUUAAUAAUUUUGUGGCAGCAGAAUCCAUCCCCCCACCGCCCCCCUGCUUCUGCUAGGUGUGAGUAUGUGGCAGGGCCCAGCAGACUGUUACCCUUCUCUUUCCAAUAACAGCCAGCCUCUCCUCCUCACCUCCUCCCAAGCAGAGCACAUGUCCCCCGUAGUACUACAGGGGAGGAGGACUGAGGAGGGGCAGGAGGAGGAGACGGAGGAGGAUUCUUUAGCGAAAAGGGAGCCCUUUCAAAGUUCCCUGCUGCAGUCUCUCCUAGCCACCUGGGAUGGGCACAGCCCCAUGUCCCCCUGAUGAAUUGCUAAACUGCCACCUGCUUCUGAGCAUUUGUUCAACCUGGUGGAAUCCUCAGAACCAGGAGGUAAGCGAAUCCUUCUGAAGCCUACUUCUGGUUGUGCCGAGUCCUGUCCCUGCCUCUGGCUGGAGCCUGUGUCCUGGGCCUCACCUAGGAGUAGACGGGAGCCAUCUGCCCCCACCCACAGCCAUGAAUUUCCUCCGACGGCGUCUCUCCGACAGCAGCUUUGUGGCCAACCUGCCCAACGGCUACAUGACGGACCUGCAGCGCCCAGAUAGCUCCACCAGCUCCCCCGCGUCCCCCGCCAUGGAGAGAAGGCACCCCCAGCCCCUGGCAGCCUCCUUCUCCUCUCCAGGAUCCAGCCUUUUUAGCUCUUUCUCCAGUGCCAUGAAGCAGACCCCGCAGGCUCCCUCUGGACUGAUGGAGCCUCCGGGUCCCUCCACGCCUGUGGUUCAAAGACCCAGGAUCCUGCUGGUGAUCGAUGAUGCCCACACAGACUGGUCCAAGUAUUUCCAUGGCAAGAGGCUGAAUGGAGAGAUUGAGAUCCGAGUGGAACAGGCAGAGUUCUCGGAGUUGAACCUGGCUGCCUACGUCACCGGGGGCUGCAUGGUGGACAUGCAAGUCGUGAGAAAUGGGACCAAAGUCGUGAGAUCCUUCAAGCCCGACUUCAUCCUGGUCCGUCAGCAUGCCUACAGUAUGGCCCUGGGUGAGGACUACCGGAGCCUGGUCAUCGGCCUCCAGUACGGAGGGCUGCCAGCCGUCAACUCCCUCUACUCCGUCUACAACUUCUGCAGCAAGCCCUGGGUGUUCUCGCAGCUCAUUAAGAUCUUCCAUUCCCUGGGCCCUGAGAAGUUCCCUCUUGUGGAGCAAACGUUCUUCCCCAACCAUAAGCCAAUGCUCACAGCCCCGCACUUCCCGGUGGUGAUCAAGCUGGGACACGCCCACGCCGGAAUGGGCAAGAUCAAGGUAGAAAACCAGCACGACUACCAGGACAUCACCAGCGUGGUGGCCAUGGCCAAGACCUAUGCCACCACCGAGGCCUUCAUCGACUCCAAGUAUGACAUCCGCAUCCAGAAAAUCGGAUCCAACUACAAGGCUUACAUGCGAACCUCCAUCUCUGGAAACUGGAAGGCCAACACAGGCUCCGCCAUGCUGGAGCAGGUGGCCAUGACUGAGAGGUACAGGCUGUGGGUGGACAGCUGCUCAGAAAUGUUUGGCGGGCUGGACAUCUGUGCCGUCAAGGCCGUGCACAGCAAGGACGGCAGGGACUACAUCAUUGAGGUAAUGGACAGCUCAAUGCCCCUGAUCGGGGAGCAUGUGGAAGAGGACAAGCAGCUGAUGGCUGACCUCGUUGUCUCCAAAAUGAGCCAAUUCCUAAUGCCAGGGGGCACAGUACCCUCACCCCUGAAGCCAUGGGCCCCGCAGACCAAACCCGCAAAAUCCCCUGGGCCAGGCCAGCUGGGGCCUCAGCUGGGACAGCCCCAGCCACGCCCACCUCCACAAGGGGGUCCUCGUCAAGCCCAGUCUCCUCAGACCCCCAGAUCCGGAAGCCCCUCCCAACAGAGGCUCUCCCCGCAAGGCCAGCAACCCCUGAGCCCCCAGUCUGGAUCCCCACAGCAGCAGCGGUCGCCAGGAUCUCCACAGCUCUCCCGGGCAUCUGGGGGCAGCUCCCCGAACCAGGCCUCCAAGCUGGGCACCAGCCUCGCCUCGCAGCCCCGGCCCCCCGUGCAGGGCCGCAGCACCUCCCAGCAGGGCGACGAGUCCAAGAAGACAGCACCACCCCAUCCCCAUCUCAACAAAUCUCAGUCCCUGACUAACAGCCUCAGCACCUCGGACACCUCCCAGCGCGGGACCCCGAGUGAGGACGAGGCGAAGGCCGAGACCAUCCGCAACCUGAGGAAGUCCUUCGCCAGCCUCUUCUCGGACUAGCCCCGCCGGGCGGAGGGCAGCCUCCUCCUCGGCCUUCGUUCCUGGCAGGAAGAGGAGGCAGGGCCCGAGAACACACUUUCUAAAUGUCUUCGACCCAGGAACUGACUGACCAUCUCCAUGUGUCCCCACUGUCCUUCGUCAUGACCCCAGCGCUGUCUGAAUGAGAGGUGGGCCCUGGAGAGCCGCCCGGCUCCCCGACAUCGGCCUCUAGACAGACCGCAACACCCGCCGUCCCCUCGCUGGCUCCCCUGCCCCGACCAGUGACGUCUGUGCCCCAGUUUCCACAGUUUCCACAUCUCUCCUUAGUGCUGUGCUUGCCCUUGGGCCGGGUCCCCUCCCAGGCCCUGGCCACCCCGAUCCAAUGCAGCCCCUGGAGUUGACCUAGCAACACAGGAGGCAAUAAUUUUUAACAGCAAAGAAAGAAAAACCCCAGCAGGGACUCUACCCCCUGCCCAAGCUCGCUCUGACCCUCCAUGCUGGGCACCUGCCCUCAGAGCAGCGGGCAAAGGCCCUUCACGGCCAGGGCAGGCGGGGGAGGGAGACCUGAGGUAACAGGAAGAAGCCAGACCUGGGCGACAGGUGGGGCCUUUAAACAACAGAAGCAGAGAGACGCCCUCGGGUGCCCCCAGGCCGAGGGUUGCCCUUAGCUGGACGGCCGCGGUGGGCACAGGCUCUUGUAGGAAUCCUGACCAUCCUCGCCACCUCCCCGUGUGUCAGGACCCAGGGAGAAUCAGCGGACCAAGACAGGGGACCGAAGGGCUCCAGGUCAGCGUUGCACUGACCCUGCCCGCAAGGCCCUGGUGGGCCUCUCAAUUCCAAGAGGGUCCCAUGGCCAAGUGGGCUGUUAGGGGACUCCUUUGGAGACGCAGAGUGCAAAGUAGGUGGCAAAGGCUCUUGGAAUUCCUGCAGGACAAAAGAUCAGCUCUAACUUUAUUUUAUCCAACUUAUUUGACCAAGCAAGUGAACGGCAGAGUGGACAGGACUCUCUCCCCUGUCCCAGCCCACCUCCUGUGAUCAGUGGAGCCAGAGCGGUCCCGAGUCACCAAGCACCUGGUGCUAGAAACAUCAUAGGUGCAGAAGCAGCCUCCGGUCCCAGAGUAUUGUGACCUCACCAUGUUUUCCUCACAGCCCACUGGGAAACUUGAGUAUGUCUUCCCCUCACUGUCCUCGGGAAGGAGGUGGAAACUAAAGUGGCCUGGAGUGGCUUCUAGUAAUGACCAGCCCUGCAGAUUGCUUAGCAAUCAGCUGAGGCCUAGCCAGGUUCCCCGGAGCAUAAACAGUCACCACCUUUGUGUCCUUUCCACCCAGACUGAAGUGGUGAGGACAAGGACAGAGACUCUCUCCUGCAUUGGGUCACUAGAACCCUGGGCCUCACGGGUUAAUGGCUAGAGACUGAUACUGGCUCAGUAUCAAAGUGCUAACCUGACUGGCUGACAGAGGCCCACUUGGACCUUAGGGUCAUCCCCAUCUUGCCCUCUUUCCUCCCUCAUGAUCAGGUCAGUGUUGAUAGUAAGAGAGCCUGAGCUACGUUAGAGAUCCUCUCCUCCUCCUGGUCAGGAUCCCUGGUCUUGGAUUCAGUAAUAAGUAGCAGCUCCAGCAUAAGAAACAUCAGAGAGCUCCUGUUGUCAGUGACCACUCAGAGCCAUGGUUUGGCAGCCGAGGCCUGGUUGGCCCUGACUAGGAUCAGCAGAAAAAAAAAAAAACAAAACAAAACAACCCAGCCGUGGCAUGAGGUGAGGGGACAGCUGGUGAGGGCCUGGUUCUCUUUCCAGUACCCAGAAGACCCCACCUCCCUUAUUCUGUGCCUGUGUCCUGUUGAGUUCAGUGUCUCUGGGACGAUCCCUGGUGGCACGGGAGACCUCACUGUGCCGCAUCUCCUUCCUCCCCUCUCAGCCUGUGCCCUGUGGCAGGACUGUAAGCAGGCCACUACUGGCCAGGAGCCACAGGGGCAUCCCGGGGCAGCUCAGAUUGGGAGAUGGCCAGCGUUGUCGCCUGGAGGGAGCCGCAGCUGCCUUGGGAGCAUCACCUUCGUCAUAUUUCACUACACCCCCAGGCAGGAGGCGGCGGGGGCCUUAGAGCCAACA